UGAAGCACAUAACUUGGCAUCUACACCUAAUGUCUUCUAUAUUUUUGUCCUUACUGGUGGCGGCUUGAUUUGUUCAAAAACUUGUAUAUGUAAUCAAUGGCAUAAUAGUAAAUUCAUACUGCAUCAACGACUAUGCCAUGCCCUUAACCAGUCGGUCGUGACCAGAGAGUUUCUGUUGCUGUUUACUGACAGGUUGAAGAUUCUUAGAUUCUGACUCUCUCUCUCUCUCUCUCUCUCUCCUCUGUAAACCCUAACGAUUAAGGAGGAGAAUCGAUGGAGAACGGAUCGGUGAGAUGGGCUUUCGGAAGGAACGAAGAGCUGAUGGCGUCGUCGGCUAUCUCCAUCAGAGGUAUUCUCACCACCAUAAUGUCAAAUCUCAACCAGGCAGACCAGAGACCAACAAUUCCUCUCGGUCACGGGGACCCAUCGGCGUUUCCGUGCUUUCGGACCACUCAAAUAGCCGAAGACGCCGUCGUCGAUGCCCUCCGCUCCGCCAAUUUCAACGGUUACGGUCCAACCGUCGGUGUUCUUCCGGCAAGAAAGGCCAUUGCAGAGUACCUUUCUCAAGAUCUUCCACACCAGCUUUCACCGGAUGAUAUUUUUUUAACAAUUGGAUGUACACAAGCAAUUGAAGUUAUAUUAACAGUCCUUGCUCGACCAAAUGCCAACAUUCUAUUUCCAAGACCAGGCUUCCCAUUCUAUGAAGCUCGUGCUUCAUAUAACCAUCUUGAAGUCCGCCACUUUGAUCUUCUUCCAGAGAAAGGUUGGGAGGUUGAUCUUGAUGCAGUUGAAGCUCUUGCAGAUAAGAAUACUGUCGCAAUGGUUAUUAUAAAUCCUGGCAAUCCUUGUGGGAAUGUGUUUACGUACCAGCAUUUGAAGAAGGUUGCUGAGACUGCAAGAAAGCUUGGGAUAUUAGUGAUUACUGAUGAAGUUUAUGACCAUCUUACCUUUGGAAGUAACCCAUUCGUACCUAUGGGAGUGUUUGGGUCGAUUGCACCUGUUGUCACAGUUGGGUCUAUAUCAAAGAGAUGGAUUGUUCCUGGUUGGCGACUUGGUUGGCUUGUUACAAAUGAUCCCAAUGGCGUCCUUCAGAAAUAUGGGAUUGUUGAUUGCAUUAAGGGCUUUCUGAACAUAUCCUCUGACCCUGCAACCUUCAUUCAGGGUGCUGUUCCUCAAAUCCUUGAGAAAACGCAGAAGGAUUUCUUUUUGAAAAUUGUUAAUAUAUUGAGAGAAGCUGCAGACAUUUGUUAUGAUACAAUUAAGGAGAUCCCUUGCAUUACUUGCCCAAGCAAACCUGAAGGAUCUAUGUUUGUAAUGGUGAAACUAAAUCUGUCAACACUGGAAGACAUCAAUGAUGAUUUGGACUUCUGUGUCAAGCUUGCUAAGGAGGAAUCUGUGAUUAUUCUACCAGGAGUUGCUGUAGGUCUAAGGAAUUGGCUUCGCAUAACUUUUGCCAUUGAGCCAUCAUCUCUUAAAGAAGGUCUUGGUAGAAUAAAAGCUUUCUACGAAAGGCAUGCCAAGAAAAACUAAGUUUCACUACCUGCUUUGAUGAUGUGUCAAAGUUAAAGGUAUGUAGGAUAACAAAGGGGGUAAUGUAGUUGUGAUCCACAACUUCGCGUUGGAUCUCAGAUCUCAUCAACAACUUCGCGUUGGAUCUCAUUCUCCCUUCAGAUGAAAUAAUAAGUGUUUCUCAAUAAUUCCUCAUAUCUCAUGGGGAUACUCUGUAAGAUUUAUUUGUAACACAAGCCACAAAACUUGUUCUCCCUUAAAUAUCGAGACAUGUCAAGUUCAACAUUGAGUCUAUUUUAGCCAUGGCUCUCUUAACAGUGGUUCUUGUACACAAUUUGCCCCUUCUCCACAAAGAUCCAUGUUGUUAGGUUUGUAUAAACAGGGCAUGAUGGCUGUUUUCAAGCUCUUUAAGAGACUUAAAAUGGGCAUCUGGUUAUACAAUUACUCUUAAAAUGGACAUGUGAUUAUAGCCCUAAAGAUUCCAGCAGUUGCUAGUGCACCAACAUCCAAAUUCGUGAUUUUAGUAUUUCACGUAGCCAAUCAGUACCAGUUUACAUGAAGUUGGAUGUUUAAUAAAUGUAUGAAAAUCAACCAAGCUUGUAUUCAUGAUUUUUAAUUUAUUUAUGUUUUUGCACUUUAUUA